AUGCCGGCCGGGGACAUUGGAGAUCAAAUCGAAGCCAAGGUCGACCCUGCACUCAUCGAUCGAAGUGGAGAUCCUGACCACAAGCUGCCGGCGUCCGCCCAUCGAGUGGGGACAUUGCCGUCUGGGUCCGAGUCCUUUGAAGGUGCUAGCGAUAGCGCUCUCUUGCCGAGUGCGGAAGAGCUCGAGACUUUGCGUCGUGUGCCCGCGAAGAUCCCAUGGAAGGUGUUUACCAUCGCCUUUGUGGAGCUCGUGGAGCGCAUGUCCUACUACGGUACGGUAGCGAUCUACACAAACUUCAUCGCCUACAAGAAUCCGGGUACCAGGACCGGCGCUGCUCCAAACCCCAAGGACGACCAGGCUCAACCCGGCGCCCUAGAUUUGGGCAAGCAAACUGCAUUUGCGCUCACUACCUUCAACAAAUUCUUCAUCUAUAUCAUGCCGCUAUUUGGAGCAUGGGUUGCUGACACCUACCUGGGGCGAUUCAAGACCAUUGUCUACUCGGUGCUUGUCGCUGAGGUUGGCCAUAUGCUCCUCGUGGGUUCGGCAGCGCCUGAAAUGCUCGAGAAACCGAAGAAUGCGCUCGGCCUCUUCAUCAUCGGUCUCAUCAUCAUGGGUCUCGGAACGGGUACAUUCAAGCCGAACAUCUCGCCUCUCAUCGCCGAGCAGAUCCCGCAAGAGAAAAUGCAAGUUGAGACCACGAAGAAAGGCGAGCGUGUGAUUGUUGAUCCGGCGGUCACUACGUCGAGGAUCUAUAACUGGUUCUAUAUGUUUAUUAACAUUGGUGCCCUCGUCGGCCAGCUGGCUAUGGUGUACACGGAACGUUAUGUUGGCUUCUACGCCGCGUUCCUCAUUCCUACCCUCUUCUUUUUGACCACGCUUCCUGUUCUCUUCUUCUGCAAGAAGCACUAUAGGCUGGCGCCACCGUCGGGAAGCGUUCUGGGUCCAGCCGUCAAAUUGCUGUUCCGCGGCACGAAAGGUCGAUGGCACCUAAAUCCCGUCGCGACCUAUAGGCAUAUGAAUGACGGCACGUUCUGGGAAAGCGUGAAGCCUUCGCACCUGGGAGCGGCAAAGCCGUCCUGGAUGACUUUCGACGAUGCCUGGGUGGACGAGGUUGCCCGUGGAUGGUCGGCUUGUGGUGUACUCCUCUGGCUACCGCUCUACUGGCUCACCUACAACCAGAUCGACAACAACAUUAUCACCCAAGCGAGCACUCUUGCUCUCCACAGCGUGCCGAACGAUCUUCUGCAGAAUAUCGACCCUCUCGCUAUCAUGAUCCUAGUGCCCUUCUUCGAUCUUCUCGUCUAUCCCUUCCUGCGUAAACGCGGGAUCAAGUUCACACCGGUGAAGAAGAUCACCGCUGGUUUCAUGCUGGGCAGUGCCGCCAUGGUUUGGGCAACGGUGGUUCAGUACUACAUCUAUAAAACGUCUCCCUGCCAUAAGGAGGCGACCCCCAAGUGCCACUCUCCGAUUAACGUGUGGGUCCAGACUGGCCCCUACGUUCUGAUCGCCGCUUCGGAGAUCUUUGCAUCGGUCAGCUCACUCGAGUACGCGUUCACCAAGGCGCCGAGGAACAUGCGAAGCUUGGUUCAGGCGUUCUCACUCUUCACGACCGCUCUGUCUGCUGCACUCGGCGAGGCAUUCGUCGGCCUUACGGAAGAUCCGUACUUGGAGUGGAACUAUGGUGUUAUGGGCGUGAUCGCGUUCAUCGGAGGCUGCCUCUUCUGGCUCACCUAUCGGAGUCUCGAUAAGGAGGAGGACCGACUCAACAUGCUCCCGGCAGGUCAUAAUCUCAAUACUCCAGCGCACGCAGCGGACUCCGAGAUGCAACCGUCCAUCGAGGUCGAACAUGGGAAGGCGGCCUAA